AUGUUCGACACGUGUAAAGCCAAAUUUGCCGAAUGGGGCAAUGAAUCGCGCGCUCAACUGGCAAAGCUGGCAGCCAAAUCUGACGCAACGUGGAAGAUCGUUAACAGCCAUUACAGUCCCUACGAUCACUACGCUGAGCCUGGUAUGAAAAAGUGGUUUGAUACUCUGAAAAACUCUGGCGUUCGAGCCUUUCUACACGGCCACACUCAUGCUGAGAAGCACGACUAUGCAAAGUCUAUUGGGGUCCACUUCGUCGAAAAUGGUGCUGGUGGUGGCCGACAAUCUGGCAAAGUGAGUACUAUUCAGCCUUAUGCAGCCGGUCUUGUGAAGAACGAAUGGUCGUACACUAUUGGUGAGUACGGUUUCUUCUCGCUGCAGGCGUCGAAGGAUUGGAUGAAGCUUCAAUAUCACACAUCGGACAACAAGUGGAAGUUCACCGAGAAAUGGGAGGACACGACGAUUGGCGGUGUAGCGACCAAGCACUGCUGGUACAUUCCGGCUGAUGGCUCAGAGGGCAAGGCGUGCUAG